AUGUCGAUUUACGAAAAUGAAAACUGUCCGGAAUCAACCGAACGAGCUAUUCAAGUGACGAACUGCACAAUAUACGUCGGACGCGUAGAAAUCGUUGUCGACCCGAGACUCAACUCCGAUUGUACCAGUUUUGCCGAGACACGCGCAGCCGAAGAUCAUAACGGGUCCUCCGUGAAUACGUCUCCAAAACAGACGAACUUCGUUAGUGCUCGCAGCACAAAGCCUCGCAUCCAGCGUCAAUCUAUCACCACGCCGUACGCAGCCCGACCAAAGACAACAAAAAUCGGACCGACAAGUCGGCAGAAGUCGGUCAGUCAGCGGCCAUCCACGUCGCAACUGUCGUGUUGUCUGCACGGCGUUGGUCGGUGUAAUUAUGAGGCGAGGUUUGGCGCCGGAAGCGAUAACUGCACCGCGGGAAGCGAUAACUGCAUCGCCGGAACCGAAAACUGCAACGCCGCCGCUGGGAACGGUGAUCCGCCGCGCCGGAACAGAAGCGGACGUUCGACGAUCUGGGGGACCCAGAACGGCGGCCGAUUGUCCCCGCUGAGGUUGGGGUCCCGGGACCAGAAUGUCGCGAAGUCCAACUGGCCGACGCUGUUCAAGAUACCGGUGCCCUGUUUGUGCCAGGUCAAACCACCCGUGAGACAGGACAGGCCGGUGGACCUGUACGCUGGUUCCAGGCUGCCCGUGCCCAUUCGACCGGGACCGGCGGCGGCGCGGAUUCUCCGGAUCGACCGUGCUGUCGACGUCCGGCAGUGCGUUACUGCUGACAAGCUACCCGACCCCGAUGACAAGCCAGACGACACCGACGAUAAGCCAGAUGACACCGACUACAAACCAGACGACAAGCCAGACGACAAGCCAGACGACAAGCCAGACGACAAGCCAGACGACAAGCCAGACGACAAGCCAGACGACAAGCUAGACGACAAGCCAGACGACAAGCCAGACGACAAGCCAGACGACAAGCCAGACUACAAGCCAGACGACACCAACGACAAGCCAGACGACACCGACGACAAGCCACAUGACGUCGUUGACUUUCUUGAAUACGAUGACACGGCGGUCGAGCCCGAAAAGCCGUGCGUGCACUUUGACGAGUCGGCCGCGAGCGCGACGUCCAAACAGUACCCUCUACAGGCGCUGGACGACCGCAGCUCGACCGUGGGUUCUCAACCAGUGGUCGUCGAAAGCGACAGCCUGUCCGACGCUUCUGACCAUCCGUCCCCGAAGCCGGUCGAGCAAAACGAGUCAGGCAUGAUAGUUCCGACCUUAAAACCCGUUAUUGAUGACGACGACUCUCAGCUAAAUAAUGUUCAUAGUAGUGGCCAUCAGAGUGCUACAGUGUAG